CCAGAGCGGGAAGAACCGGAGAACUAAAAGACUGACUUUUCUUUCCACAAACCCAAAUUUGUGGGAUUCUCUCAAGCGUCUCAGUUUCUGCCAGAGCUGAAGCAGAAUGAAAACACCUGGAGAUAGUGGCUUUGCCUUUCCAGAAUGGGCUUACAAGCCAGAGUCGAGCCCCGGGUCCAGACAGAUCCAGCUUUGGCACUUCAUCCUGGAGCUGCUCAGGAAAGAGGAGUAUCAUGAUGUCAUCGCGUGGCAAGGGGACUACGGCGAGUUUGUCAUCAAGGAUCCAGACGAGGUGGCCCGGCUUUGGGGUGCCAGGAAGUGUAAACCGCAGAUGAACUAUGAUAAGCUCAGCAGGGCACUGAGAUAUUACUAUAACAAGAGGAUCCUUCAUAAGACCAAGGGCAAGAGGUUCACCUAUAAGUUCAACUUCAACAAACUGGUUUUGGUCAACUACCCUUUCAUUGACAUGGGCUCUAGUGGAAGUAGCGUUCCUCAGAGCGCCCCUCCUGUCCCAACUGGUGCGGGGACUCAUUUCCGCUUCCCUCCUUCCACUCCCUCUGAGGUCCUCUCCCCCAACGAGGACCUGCGCAGUCCCGGAGGCAUGUUCAGCUCGGUGGCCCGGCGGAUGGCCCGUGGUUCUGUUAGUGACUGCAGCGAUGGCACUUCAGUCAAUUCAGAGAUUGAGGAUGGUAACACGGGAGCUGGUGAGGACAGGGGAGAAAGAGGUGUGAGUGGAGGUGGGGGACCUGGUGGAGGAGGAGGCUACAGGAGCAUCAUCCAUCCUCGUCUUUCUCAUGAAGCUCUUUUCCGCAUGUAUGGCGCACCAGGUAACCCUGCUGGCCACCCUGGUUCCCGUGGCGCCGCAGGUCAUCGUAUUCCCCAGGAGCCCUUGUCCCCCUUCCCUGUGUCCCCUUUACCUGGACCCCCAGGAGCCAGCCUCUUAGCCCCUCCUCUGUCUCCAGCGCUGUCCAUAACCCCAACAUCCCACCUCCCUUACACUCCCUCACCCACACUUUCACCCAUGUUGGGAUCACACUUCUCUUUCAACCCAGAGGACAUGAAGCGCUACCUGCAGGCCCACACCCAGUCGGUGUUCAACUACGGCCUGAGCCCCAGAGCUUUCCUCCAGUACCCCAACAUCGUCAUCCCCCAGCCUCACCGGCCCUCCACAGACAAGUCCGGUCUGACUUCAGAGAGGGGAGCCACAGAGAGAGCAGAAAGAGCCGCCACGGCUGGAGGGGGAGAAAGGGGAGGAGACCGACACCACCACCCACCUCUGGCUCACUCUGCCCACCACCACCCACAACCUCCUCACUCUGCCCACCCCCACCCCCAUUCCCAUCCCAUGUAUCACCCUCUCCAUCUGGGAGAGGAGCCCCCACACAUGUCCCCCUUCAAGUUCAAGCUGCAGCCGCCUCCACUGGGACGGAAGCAGAGAGAAGGACAGAGCCAGAGUAAACCCAGGCAGGGCUCGCUGUCCUCAGGGUCCGGGUCCAUGUCCUCUACCUCUGGUCUGGGGUCUUCGCUGUCAUUCGGCAGUGACCUGAGCUCCGCCAGCGGCUCGGGCGUCAUCUCUGCCUCCUCCUCGACACAGUCUCUAAACAGUGCAGGACUCCCGAAGAUAAAGGUGGAGCCCAUCUCUGACAUAGAGUCAGAGGAAGAGGUUGAAGUGACGGACAUCAGCGAUGAAGACCCAGAUGAAAGAGAUCAUGCUUUUGAGCUCUUCUCCCUGCGUCGCUCCAGACUUUCUAACCAUCUCCACCUUUCUAACGGCACGGCCCCCUCCCAGGAUCAGCCCCACGACGAGGAUCUGGAUGAGGACGUCUUCAAAGCUCCUGCGCCGCCUCCUCCUGGUUUAAUGCCAUUUUUCGCCGCGCACCACAUACACUCCAGCGUACAUCGCGGCCCGCCCAUCCUUAAGAGCGAACCUGUUGAGCCAGGGGAGAGCAACACCCCCCCUUCUCUCACAGCGCCAUCAGAGUCUACGCAGACCAAGUGCAUCCCUCUCAAGCUGCGCUUCAAGAGACGCUGGAGCGAAGACCAGCGCAUGGAAGCCUCCCAGGAGGAGUCGGAUGACAAAAAAGUCCGACCAGAGGAGGAGAGGGGUAGAGAGAGACAAAGUAAUGGAUGUGUGGAGAUGGAGGAGGAUGGGACAGGCAGCGGAGAGGGGGACAGUCCUCCCCCAUUAGCCUACGAGGGCUCGUUAACAACGCCACAGUCGUCUCACCGGAGGGCGAGCGCCGAGCUGCACCGUGCAGCAGCGCAGCUGUCUCUAGAGAAUAAAGACUGCUGAUGAAGCCCUCGGCUCAAGCACCACUGCUCUCCAGCAGUGCAGGGGGUGGGACAGGAGGAUGGUUCCUCUGUGAUCCCACUCCCACACUGACAAACUGGAUUCCUGAAAUCUCCAGUGACCCGAGAGCAGAGUCCAACACACACUCAUAAAACUGACAGUCAGAGUCUUGUUGUCCGACCCAACAUUAAUCCUGGAUCAGGGCUCCUCUGGAACUCGUCCUUGGGGAGGAGAGACUCAGUCACACCGAAAGUAAAAUCAACUCCCACCUGGCCAGUGAAGCUCCAGAUGCCCUGCUCCAGUAGCACAGCUCCCACAUUCAGGACCCCUUUAUAGGGGGGGCCGGAUCAGCAGCCAGACGGAUGACUCCUUCCUCAGGAGGAACACCCCCUCACAGCCCCGCAACUCAUCCAGCACGAUCACGUACAAACCCAUGCAACUUUUCCUACAGGUCGACGGGACUUUUAAGUGCCUGCAACUAACCCUGAGAGCUCUGGAGCGACAUGGAAGAGUGAUGGAGGACACACUUGGAUAACUCGUGAAAUAAUCAGUGGAUACAAAGGAACUGAUGAGUGGGGCUGCUGGGUGUUGUCAGACUCUUGAAACUGGCCCAUUCCACUCAGGGAAACCUAUCGCUGUACGUUUACUGGAUCCAUGCACACUGACAGCACAAGCCCAUGAAAGAAAAAACUCACAAACGCUGAGGCUUCGACUCUUUGGGCUGCUGUUGUCUCAGAGCGUUAAACUUUUAUGUAACCCUUCUUCUGUCUUUCUCCUGUCCUGCCCGUCCUUUCUCACACAGGCCACCUGUGGAACAAUCACGACUCUGCUCACAGAAAUAAAAUAAACCCUGGGAGAUGUGAGGAGAGGAAAAGAGAAGGAUGAAGAGUUGCUGUUGGGGAAUCAUGAGGGAAUGGGAGACAGCUUUGCUGGUCUUCUGACCUCACCUAACACGGCUUGUACAUUUAAAACUGAUUCUCGAGUCUCCGCUGCACCGAAUCCCAAAUCACCAGCUCAAGCUCGCCUAACAAUCAUAGAUAGUGUUAAACUAAACCAGCAAGCACACACACACACACACACACAGCACUGCCAUGGCAGCUCCUGUUCAGGCUGACUGGACCUCCAGCUCUCUUUGAAGAAACCAUCAGGAGUCCCAAACCUCUAAAACACACACACACUGUCGCUGUGCGGCUUGUAAAAUAAUGCAGACUGAGCUCCAGUAACACACACGUGAAGAAUAUAUCUAUGAAUUCUAAAUAAAAUGAUUUAAGAAAGCUUACAAACAUAGCGUUUUAAUGAUGUGACUGAUUCAGGGUUUUUUUUUCGAAGUGGAUUGUUUUGAGUGGACAGACGUGUCACUGCAGUUUACAGUCAUGUGGGAGGACAGGAUAACAAGAGUGGCGGGGGUCUUGUAUAUUUGUUUCAUAGAUAAACAGCUGAGGCCGGUCCACCAGAGCAGGACAGAGUCUCCCGUCUCUGACUCUAAUGAUUCAGACGAAGCGCCUCGCUCUGCUGCUGUUCACUUCGAGUUUUUCUUUCGCAGUAGCUCGCCCUUUCAGCGCUCUGUGUUUUUUUUUUUCUCUUCCUGUCUGCAGUCUCGCUCUGCUCAGCAGGGCCUGAGCGUCCUGGCUGCAGGCCGUCUCUCCAGGCUGGCUGCGCACGUGUGCAUGUGUGUGUGUCAGCUCCUGGGUUAUUAGUCAUGUCCUGUACUUUCUCACAGGCCAGUCAGGUUGAAGCUUCAAAGUCCAGCUCAGCUGAGAGAAAGGUUUAAUCAUUACCGGAAGAUAGGAGGAGACCCUGUCCUGAUGCACACCACCCCCUCGUCCUCCCCCAUCUGAAUCUAUGCACAUUCACAAACAAACAAACAAACAGUUUGUGUCAGUUUUUAACAUCCUGCAUCUCAGGCUUCUGAUUGGCUGGUGGAGCCGUGUUGAUGUAGAGCAGCAAACUGUGACAUAGAUGCUCCGCAGACCAUUUGUGUGCCUGAGCUGAUCACAUUUCCUCAUCAGAACACCCCCCCCCC